GUCCAUCAACACAGCGCAGAAGGGAACGGCGUCAAUUAGGAGCAAAUGGCAGAGACUAAGUACAAAUACCGGUCAAAUGUUUGAACGUCUAAGCGUGACUCAGUCGCGAUCCAAUUCCGUCCAUGAUCACCCCGCGAUUUUCGUGUCGCCAAACCGUCGAGUCCGUCGUUAUCUCUGUCUACUGUCCGUCUGUCAGGGCUUCGGACGUCGAGUUGAAUGUCGACGACACUUUGUUCACGCUCCAUAUAAAUCCGUAUUUCUUGCGCCUUAAUUUCUCUCACGCAUUGCUUGAGGACGACAAGUCAUCAGCGACUUACGAUGGGGGAACGGGCUACCUGACUGUUGUGCUAACAAAGCAGACGCGAGGGCAGGAAUUCCGUGAUUUAGAUCUUUUGGCAAAACUGUUGGCGCCUCGCCCGUCAAGCAAUGAAGUCAAAAUCGAAGUACUUGAUUCGAGCCCUGAAGAUGAUAACGAUCUCGUUGCAAAAACUCAGGCUCUUUCCAUCGAGCCUGAUGUAUUAGAAGCCGCCCAAAAUGAUUGGCAGAUGCCUCAGACUGUUCCUGACCUUCUACCUCCCCUGCAUUUAUCAACAUCCUAUGGCUUUUUGAAUCGACAUUCGGGAUACUUCGUCCAUGUUACUCACACUGAAAAUGAAGUAAACGAAUUAGGCGCAGAAGCGGAACAGUUGUCAUCUGAAGAAAGACGUCACAUACGCAUACAGCACGAGGAUGAUAAAUGGGAUGAAGAAUACUACAUGGCAGACUUCGCAGAGUCCGAUAAUAUCGAACCGUUCUUGUCGUGGUCCCAUCCUCAUAUAAAUACCUCCGGCGAUUUCCAGUUUACUGAGGCCGAAGAACUCGUCAUGCUGAAUCUGCCGCGGGUAGAGUUUCUCGUGACCGCAAUGGAAACGCACAAUCUGUACUUGACUCUGAUCAACCUUUUAUUUUCAUACUCGUACGAGUCCCGGACCACACACCAUGACCCCACUCCCGAAAGUGCUUGGACCAUCAGUUCUCUAACACCCUGUUUCUCAGCGCUAGAUCCCCCACCCUACUGCGAUCAAACCUUUACCCAUGCGGACAUAUUUUCUCCAUCUGAAAUUGCUUCGACCUUCAUUGCGUCGUAUAGACGCAGCCUCGCCUUUCCACUUUACCGCUCCUUUACUCUGGCCGAGCGGUGUCGUUUAGAUGUCGCCGAGCUGCUAAUGAAAGGCAGAAGGACACUGGCCCGAUGCCUAUUGGAAAUGAAGGACAUCUUAGACCAUCAUGAGGUCUAUUACAUUUACAGCAAAAUAUGGGUGAACGAUUUUUGUGUCUGGAUUCAAGUCCAUGCCAAGGAUGAAACUCUGCAGCUAUUAGGGAAAUCCGUGAAAUCCGCAAAAAUAGCCAAGUCUUCGAUUGGUUGGGAUCUCGAACAACUUGAGGCAUUGGUCCUUGAUGCCCAAGUAAGGAGUUCAGACAGCGACGAAGAUUCGGACGAUGAUGACAUCUGAUGGCCCUGCGCCAGUUUGGGGACGCUGCCCACUUCCCGUCACAAUCACCGAAUUUGAGCGCGUCUGCGUGUUAACAUCGGACAUUAGCUCGCCCGUUUUUGACGACGACGUUAGGUUGAUCGAUUGGUGUGACUCCUUAUCUCAAUCGAGUCUCUACUUAUAGAACGUCAAACGCCGGAGCCGUUGUCUGUAUAGACAUCAAGUAGACAUAACGACUUGAUCAAUGUAUAUAUGUUGGAUCUGGCAAGUUCUUCUCAAGGGUUACAUCAAGUUUCCGCUAAGUUUGUAAAAUGAUUUACAUAUAUCUAAACUUGAUUCUUCUGGCUCUAGUGGCGCUUUCGGCACAUUAACGA